GUGAAUUGUGGAGAACCAGAGACUUCUAGUGAUGAGGCCCUUCAACUGGUUGACAAGGAUCCAAGCACUCUGUUUCGUGACGAGGUUCAGUUCAAGUGUGAAUCCAAAUACUACACACUGGAGGGAGACGGUAAGUCCAUAUAGUCUUAUUCACCUACAGCUGCAGCUGUUAUCGUUUUUUCCUUUAACUUUUUAUGUAAAUCUCCCCCUUUCUUCCAUCCCUCCUUCCCUGAUCAUUUCUAUACAGUAUCUUGAGUAUACCUGCCCCAUGCUUUAAGCCCCCUCCACAUGCCAUCACUAUCUUCCCUACCUGUGCUCUUACCUCUCCUCUGUUCUUUCAGAGAAGUACAUCUGUGAUGCCAGUGGUGCGUGGACGUCAGUCAACGGCCAACAAAUGUUACCAAAGUGCAUCGAAGGUAUGCCUCACUAUCAUUUAUCAGGUGUACGCAGUGUUGGGGAGUAAUGAACUACAUGUAGUUCAGCUAGUAAUUUAACUACAUUUUGCAGUAGUUUGGUGGUAGUUUAACUAAAUUCAAAUCUUGAUAGUGUUUACAGUAGUUAAUUACUUUUUUUUACCAUGUAGCUCUGUAGCUAACAACUGGAAAUACUCACUACGUUUUUAGCAAGAAACAUUUUCAGACCUGCCUAAUUCUCACUUGAAACAUAGUUUUUUGGUUUUUAAUAGGCUUAAUUACACAUUCUGUUAACAUGUCUCCAGAGUGAGCUUUUCUUGCAAUUUGUAGUUUAUGACAUUUCACAUUUAGAUAUGAUAAUUUUCCACUAAGUAGUUUUUAUGUAGUGAACUACUUUUUCAAAGUAUUUUUAGUUAAGUAAACUAAGGGUAACUUUAGUGUAGCUUAACUUCUUCCAGUGAGAAGUAAUUGGUAGCUUGGUAAACUAUAUUUUCAGAGUAGCUUCCCUAACAGUGGGUGUAUGAUAGUACACUAUCACUGCUGUUACACUGUAUUGUUGGAACACUAAUCUGGAUUGUCUAUCUUCUAGUGUGUGGGAAGACUGAAAAAGAUUUUUUCAGCAUUGCAAGAAUUUUGGGGGGCGCUAAGGCGGAGAAAGGAGAGAUACCCUGGCAGCUUCUCACUAAACAACCUAAAAGAGGAGGAGCAUCACUGAUCAGUGACCGGUGGGCCAUCACAGCAGCUCAUGUUGUAGAUGGCUAUGAAGAAAGCGCCAUUACAUUUUUCGGAGGGCUGAUAGAUGGGACAAAAGCAAAAGAAACUGAUCCUGACACGGUUGUCAUGGUAGCAGAGAAGAUCAUCAUUCACCCUGACUACAUGAAGGGCAUAGCUGGUGAGGAACGCACUAACUACGACAACGACAUAGCUCUCAUCAGAAUGUCUUCCAGGGUGAAGUUAGGGCCCAAUGUUCUCCCCAUAUGCCUGGCUGAGGCUGAUGGAGGAUUCAAAGAGGGUCAACAAGGCACUGUUUCAGGGUUUGGUGCGACAGAGAAUACAUUUAAAAGCCGCUACUUGCUUCACACAGCUGUGGGAAGAUACCCCCAAAGUAUGUGUGAAGACACACCUGUAUUGUCUAUUAACAAGCCAAUGGUUUUCACUGAGAACAUGUUCUGUGCAGGUGGUGAUGGGAAAGAUAGCUGCAAGGGGGAUAGUGGGGGUCCAUUCUUUCUCCCUAAGCUGGGAUCAGGGAACAAGGAUAACAGAGGGCCAUAUCGUCUGAGAGGCAUUGUGUCCUGGGGUGCCCUUUGUGAAAAGGAAAAAGAUUCUAAAAAGGGUUACUACACCAAAGUGGAGAAUUACUUUGACUGGAUCAAGAAGACCAUAGAGAGAGAAGAGCAGGAGUACAAACAG